CAUAAAAUGAAUGUAUGUUCCAAUUUUACAUUGUCCUUGACAGGAGGUUUCUAAGAGUGUAGAAAUUGCGGAAGAGAAAAAAAAUUCCAUCGUCUUGACUUUGAAAAUAACAACAUUGAGUACGUCUAAAAGACUAGCAACAACAAUGCUGGUAAUUUGUCAUCCCUAUUUUCCAAAAGCAAAAUUCUAAUAGGAAAAACUUUAAUAGAUAGCUUCACAAAAGUAAGUGGAAGAGGAUGAGCUAAGAGCCAAAGCCUGUUCCAACUUCACAUUGGCCCUCACUGGAUAAUUUCAAUAAUGUGGCAAUUGCAAAAUAGAGAAAAAAUAUCAUAAACUUGACACUGCUGGCCAAAUCGCCUAUCAACCAAAAACACAACCAGCUAAACCUGCCUCAUAGACUCAACAACAAACAAAACCCACUUCAGUUGCUGGUAUUACUCAUUCUAAUAUUGUUAUGUAGAAGUUGUCCAAGAAACUAUGAUGGUAUAAUCAGUAAAAGACAGAAUAGCCUAAAUGAACAAAAAAAAUCAAAGCACCAAUGAGCCUCAAUUCAGACCUAGUAUUAAAAAGGAGGAAGUUAAAGAGAAGGUUCUUGGAUAAGCCGAAAUAGUCACAGAAUAAGUCUUCACUACUGUAUCUGAUAAAAAGAGUGUUUUUGACAAAUAAAGAGUCAGAAAAACUAUAGAGUAAUCCACUUAACAAAUUAGAGAAUAAUAGAACACAGAAGGAAUUAGAAAGGCAGAAUCGUAAUACAUUACAUCAUAAGACAAUGCUCAAGAAUAAAAAGAAUAACUCAUAUAGAAUUAAAAUCAAUUCCAAGAGAAUAAUUAAGAAGGUUCUUCAGAAAAUUAAUAAUAAGAAUAAUAAUUUGAAAAUAAUUAAGAUUAAUAAUACUAACAUUAAGUUGAGGAAUAAUAAUAAUAAUAAUAGGAAUAAUAAUAAUAAUAAUAAGAAUAAUAAUAAGAAGAAUAAUAAUAAGAAGAAUAAUAAGAAGAAUAAUAAUAAGAAUAAUAAUAAGAAUAAUAAUAAGAAUAAUAAUAAGAAUAAUAAGAAGAAUAAUAAGAAGUUAUAUUAUAACAAUAAGAACAAGAAGAAUUAAAUAAUUAAAAUGAAUUGGUUGAAUAAUCCUAUCAAUAGAAUGAUUAACAUGAUGAAGGACAAUAAGAUAACUAAUAAUAAGAAGAAGCUAAUAAUAAUCUAGUUGAGACUGCUGAAAUCUAUUGAGGAA